CUACUAGUAGUGGACAUGCAUCUUGGAUUAGCAGCAUAAAGUCAAGAAGUCGAGUUUUUGAAUUGCGGGGACGAAGUGAUGCUGUCAUUGUUGGAGGAAAUACUGUCCGUAAAGAUAGUAUGCUUCCAUUUAGCCUUUCUCUUGCACUUCCACAGGAAUUCAAAAACAUAUCACUGCCCCUUCAGUGGGGAUGUUAAAGGUAUUCUAGUGCUGGUGCACCUAACACAACUUUGGUGUUUAGAUCCACGCUUGACUGCAAGACAUGGAGGUAGCCAUGUACCAAAUAGAAUUGUGAUGUCGCAAACUCUAAGUCUUCCUGAAGAAGCCAAUAUUUGGGAUGUUUCUGAAGCCCCAACUGUAAUAUUGACACAAAGAGGUGCUAGAAGGAGUUUUCAAAAAGUGCUGGCCUCUAAAGGCGUUGAAGUAGUAGAGUUUGACAUCCUAGAUCCACGUGAUGUUACAGAGUACUUCUACGAUCGUGGUUACCUCUCGGUAUUGUGGGAAUGUGGAGGGACAUUGGCGGCUUCUGCAAUUUCAUCUGGAGUCAUACACAAGGUCCAUGCUUUUGUUGCACCAAAAAUUAUAGGUGGAAAGAAUGCACCAACUCCAGUUGGUGAUCUUGGGAUGGUAGAGAUGACCCAAGCUUUGGACUUGAUUGAUGUUUGCUAUGAACAGAUUGGACCUGACUUGCUUGUUAGUGGAUUUCUUCAUCCAGUUCCAGACCUCACUCCAGCUAUUCCAUCUUUAGAAGAAGCUUCUGAAAUUGAUCCUUCAAUUUCUCCUUAUGAGUCGAGUGUCAUAUUUUUUUAUAAAACAUGGGAGCAAUAUGGUUUCUUUUCAAACUUUUCUAGCCACCCGAUUCAAUUGCCCGAUGAAACUGGAAAUAGUGUCACGUGGUCUAGUGUGGAGCAUUAUUACCAGGCACAUAAAUUUACAGGGGUGGCUGAUCCUGUGGCUCAAAAGCAUAUUGAAGAUAUAAAAAAUGCAAAGAGCCCCGAGGAAGCUGCACGACUGGGAAGGAGGUUACAGAAGCAACGUCCUGACCUGGUAAGACCAGACUGGAAUUCCAUCAAGCUUGAUGUCAUGUACAAGGCCCUGAAAUGCAAGUUCACAACAUACCCACAUCUAAACUCUUUGCUGGUUGCAACAAAAGGAUCAGUUCUUGUAGAAUCUUCACCCCACGAUCUCUUUUGGGGAGGAGGCCGCGAUGGAGAAGGCCUUAACUAUCUUGGCAGACUGCUGAUGAGGCUGAGAUCUGAGCUUUUAGACAACAGUCCAAUGUCACCUCAAAACUCAGUUGAUCAUCAUCAGCCACAUGCAUAAAAAAACUAUGAGAUGGAUCUUAUGCAGAAGAUCAAUCCCAUACAUAACUGUUGUCUGGCAUCACAAGCUGAUAUAGUGCAGAUUUGUCACAGCAGGGUGGACAAACAACAAGUAAGCAUAUUCUAAAAUGCAAAGCAUUCAUCAAGAAAGUCGAAGUGAUUUCCAAACCCUUUGUCUUGGAUCUUCAAGUGAUCUAUGUGGUAUCUUGCCUUACUUAAACUACUUUCAAUUUAACAAUGAAACAACCCAAAAGUGGGUCUUAAAUGUAUAAAACAGCCAGUUCAUACUGAUUUAUACCCUUCAGUGGAUGGGUUACUUUAUGGAUAAUGGAGAUAUGUAAUGUCACCGUAGUUUAUUUGACAUUGGAAUCUAAUGUCAUAUUAUGACAUUGAGGUCUUUUAGGGUGUUU